CGCCGUAGAAACUGGCAGGUUCCUGCGCGUCCUGCGUGUCCCGCCUCUCCCGCCGCUCCCUCGCUCCUCCUUGUCCCGCAGUUUGAGCCCGGCGGCUCUGCUUGUGUGUGUGUUGUGUGUCGCUGCUGGCCGGACUCAUGGCCUCGCCGCUGAGGUUCGACGGGCGGGCGGUACUGGUCACCGGCGCGGGGGGAGGAUUGGGCCGAGCCUAUGCCCUGGCUUUUGCAGAAAGAGGAGCAUUAGUUGUUGUGAAUGAUUUAGGAGGGGACGUCACGGGAGUUGGUAAAGGCUCCUUUGCUGCUGAUAAGGUUGUUGAAGAAAUAAGAAAGAAAGGUGGAAAAGCAGUGGCCAACUAUGAUUCAGUAGAAGCAGGAGAGAAGAUUGUGAAGACAGCUUUGGAUGCUUUUGGAAGAAUAGAUGUUGUGGUCAACAAUGCUGGACUUCUGAGGGACCGUUCCUUUGCUAGGAUAAGUGAUGAAGACUGGGAUAUAAUCCACAGAGUUCAUUUGCGGGGCUCAUUCCAAGUGACCCGGGCAGCAUGGGAUCACAUGAAGAAACAGAAAUAUGGAAGGAUCAUUAUGACUUCAUCAGCUUCAGGAAUAUAUGGCAACUUUGGCCAGGCAAAUUAUUCUGCUGCAAAGCUGGGUCUUCUGGGCCUGUCAAAUACUCUUGCAAUUGAAGGCAAUAAAAGCAACAUUCAUUGUAACACGAUUGCCCCUACUGCUGGAUCACGGAUGACUCAGACUGUUAUGCCUAAAGAUAUUGUGGAAGCUCUGAAGCCAGACUAUGUGGCACCCCUGGUCCUUUGGCUUUGCCACGAGAGUUGUGAAGAAAAUGGUGGUUUAUUUGAGGUUGGAGCAGGAUGGAUUGGAAAAUUGCGCUGGGAGCGGACCCUUGGAGCCAUUGUAAGACAGAAGAAUCAGCCAAUGACUCCUGAAGCAGUGAAGGCUAAUUGGAAAAAGAUCUGUGACUUCAAUAAUGCCAGCAAACCUCAGACUGUCCAAGAGUCAACUGGAGGUAUGCUUGAAGUUCUAAGUAAAAUAGAUUCAGAAGGAGGAGUUUCAACAAAUCGUACCAGUCAUACAGCAUCUGCAGCAGCAUCAGGAUUUGCUGGAGCUAUUGGCCAUAAAUUACCUCCAUUUUCUUCCUCUUAUACGGAACUGGAAACUAUUAUGUAUGCCCUUGGAGUGGGAGCAUCAAUCAAGAAUCCAAAAGAUUUGAAAUUUAUUUAUGAAGGAAGCUCUGAUUUCUCCUGUUUGCCUACCUUUGGAGUUAUCUUAGGUCAGAAAUCAAUAAUGAAUGGAGGAUUAGCAGAUAUUCCCGGGCUUUCAAUCAACCUUGCAAAGGUCCUUCAUGGGGAGCAAUACUUGGAGUUAUACAAACCACUUCCCAGAGCAGGAAAAUUAAAAUGUGAAGCAGUUGUUGCUGAUGUCCUAGAUAAAGGAUCUGGUGUAGUAAUUCUUAUGGAUGUCUAUUCUUAUUCUGGGAAGGAACUUAUAUGCUAUAAUCAGUUCUCUAUCUUCCUUGUUGGCUCUGGAGGCUUUGGUGGAAAACGGACAUCAGACAAAGCCAAGGUAGCUGUAGCCAUACCUAAUAGACCUCCUGAUGCUGUGCUUACGGAUACCACCUCACUUAAUCAGGCUGCUCUGUACCGCCUCAGUGGAGACUGGAAUCCUUUGCAUGUUGAUCCUAACUUCGCUAGCCUAGCAGGUUUUAACAAGCCGAUAUUACAUGGAUUAUGUACAUUUGGAUUUUCUGCUAGGCAUGUUUUACAGCAGUUUGCAGAUAAUGAUGUAUCAAGAUUCAAGGCAAUUAAGGUUCGUUUUGCAAAACCAGUGUAUCCAGGACAAACUGUACAAACUGAGAUGUGGAAAGAAGGAAACAGAAUUCAUUUUCAAACCAAGGUCCCAGAAACUGGAGACAUCGUCAUUUCAAAUGCAUAUGUGGAUCUUACGCCAACAUCUGAUAUUUCGGCUAAGACACCCUCUGAAGGUGGGGAGCUUCAGAGUACCCUUGUAUUUACGGAAAUAUCUCGCCGCCUUACGGAUAUUGGGCGUGAGGUGGUAAAGAAAGUAAAUGCUGUAUUUGAGUGGCAUAUCACUAAAGGUGGAAAUAUUGCAACUAAGUGGACCAUUGACCUGAAAAAUGAUUCUGGAAAAGUGUACCAAGGUCCUGCAAAAGGCUCUGCUGAUACAACCAUCAUACUUUCAGAUGAAGAUUUCAUGGAGGUAGUCCGGGGCAAUCUUGACCCACAGAAGGCAUUCUUUAGUGGUAGGCUGAAGGCCAGAGGGAACAUCAUGCUGAGCCAGAAGCUUCAGAAGCUUCUUAAAGACUACGCCAAGCUCUGAAGGGCACACUGCACUAUUAAUAAAAAUAGAAUAAUUAAAUACUCUCUUCAUCCAGAUAAGAUUAUUCAGAAAUAAUAAGAUCGAUUAUUCUGCAAAAGUGAUCAAAACUAAAAUGCCGAGGAAUUGCUUAACAUUUCCAGAUUGCAGAUAACUUUUCAGACUUUCAUUUUCUACUAAUUUUUCAUGUAUCGUUUUUAUGAGGAACUGUAUAUAAGCUAGCACAUGAUUAUCCUCUGUUCGGAGAUCUGUAUCUUCAUAAUAAAAACUUUUAACCCAAGUCUAGUUUCUUUAGAAUUUGUGAUAGCAUUUAUAAAUUGAAAGAGAAAUUAAAUGAAUAAAAGCCACUUUGAUGCUUUCUA